CUGUUCAGUCGAUAGCUAGCUGCAGUAGCAAAACAAAGAAAAUUAAAAUCUAAGUUAACGCAAUUAAGCGGAGUAAAAAAACCUAGGUUAUCACUAAAAACACACUAGAGAUAGUGAGUCAUCGCAAAGCGAAAGCUUUACCGGUCAGAAUGGCAGAAACCCGCAAAGACGCUGCACCGCCGAGCUACGACGAAGUCAUGAACGCCUCUUCGCAGGAUUCCCGACUGAUUGCAGGCGUGCACCAUGGAGCACCCAGCGCCCCGCCCCCAAACAUGCAUAUGCCCACUUAUGGAGCUUUCGAGACGACUCCGGUAAGCGUUGUUAUCCAGCAGCCGGCGACGGUGGCUCCAGUGGUCACCUUGCCCACGGAAAUCAUUGUAAUCGGUGGUUGCCCUGCGUGUCGCAUUGGCUACCUGGAGGACACCUUUUCCGCCUGCGGCCUGUGCUGCGCUAUCUUUUUCUUCCCUGUGGGAGUUCUCUGUUGUCUGGCAAUGCGGGAGAAGCGCUGCACCAACUGCGGAACGGUCUUUUAAGCAGGGGAUUCCCCAGGGAUUCGGGGUCGACUAUUAACUCCUUACUGGGACUGUUUUUUCUAUAUAUAUAUACGUAUCACAAAACUCCAA